AUGGAUAUUCGAUUUGAUAAUACAUUUAAAUUAUCUUCUACGGCUUUGUAUUUGAACUUAGGCCAUCCUUCAUUAACGAGAAAUCUACAAUGGGCGACAAAAUUAUUUAUUUUCUAUAUCUUCUACAGCCCAACUUUUAUAUCUUUGAUAUACAGUAGCAUUUUCUACGAUACCUUCACUAAAAUCUGCACGAACCUCAGUAUAGCAGCAAUUUACUGUAUAAUCAUAUUCAACUAUGGUCUUCUAAUUAUUUACAAGAAACGUUUCAUCGACAUGAUCAAAAUAGUGGAAGAAGACUUGCGUGAUUCAAGAGAACUAAUUGAUGAAGACGAAAAGGCCGUUAAGGAAUUCACUGCUAAAGGGAAACAGGCUGCAAAGUUUUGGACUUUCUGCUGUAUUCUCUGCGGUGUUAUGUUCAUUUGCAGAGGCGUCUUCGGUACCUCUUACUCUGCACUUACAGGGAAUUUCAAACCGGUCGCUAUACAUGAACUAACGUAUCCUACUUAUAUAGAAGAAAGGAAGAAUGGUUUUCUCAUGUACACUGUUCUUUUUGGUCUCCAUACUUUUUACAUUGUGUUCACGACUCUCAUGUAUGCUGGGUUUAAUGCACUGGGUCCAAUAUUCAUAAUGCACGCGUGUGGACAAAUAAAAGUAGCCAUUCAGCAACUUGAGAGACUUUUUGUAGAUAAUGAUAUUGAUGUUGAUGAUAUAAUGAAGAAACUGAAAAAAGUAACACGCCGGCUUCAGCAUAUUUACAGUUUUGUAGAUCAAAUACAGCAUACUCAUCGACUCUUAUAUGAAAUGUGUCUCAAAACAAGUAUCAUUUGUUCUGCGAUUUCCUUGUUUGCCAUUAUCGAGUCUUACAAGGAAGGCAGUCUAAGCUUUGACUUAAUUUGCUACUGCUUUGCCGUUCUUAUGCAAUGCGGAAUUCCGUGUUAUUAUUGCGAAGUACUCUUGGGCAAAGGUGAGGAGCUCCGAGUCGCCAUAUACGAGUGUGGUUGGGAGAGGUUUUGGGUUCCGAGGAGUCGCUCCAUAAUUCUGAUGUUGCUGGCCAGGACCGUGCGCCCUCUAGGAAUCUAUUCUGUGUUUUCUAUAGUCUCUUUGGAGGCAUUUAGCGACGUAAUAAAUCAGGUGUACAAGAUUUUUAAUGUUAUGAACGCGGCUUACUUAUAA